GAAAAUAAUUUGCUGAGAUGUCAGCUGGGGAUUCUUCUAGAAAAACCUUGGAAAUGGAGUGCUUCCACACAAGAUUCAGUGCCUGGACACCUUUCAGCAACAAGUCAUUAAAUAGACAGCUCUUUCAGGAAAGAGUUGCUCUUAUAAGUCAUUGGUUUGACCUCUGGACCAGCAAGCAACGUCAAGAAUUCUUAUUUACGAUUUUUUUACGAUGCACCAAAUCACAGUUAAGGUUUGUCCAAGACUGGUUUUCAGAAAAGACGCAAGUGGCCAAAGUGGAUUUCUCUACAGUGUUACCACGCUUCAUUUCUCUCUAUAUCUUUUCCUUUCUGAAUCCAAAAGAUUUGUGUGCAUCUGCACAAGUCAGCUGGCCCUGGAAGUUUCUGACUGAACAGGACUGCUUAUGGAUGCCUAAAUGCAUUAGGUUUGGGUGGUUUCUGCCCUAUACACCAGCAGAUAAUGAGUAUGGUGCUUGGAAGCAUCAUUACAUUGCUUGUGUGUCCAGCUUAGAUUGGCUAAUACCUAGGGAAGCCACUGCUAUUUAUGGGACCCUGAACGAACCCAAAACAGAAGAUGAGGAGCUGCAGGAGAGACAAAGAGAAAAGUGCUUAAGAAAAAUAAUUUGGGAAAAAAUUGCACUACGUAAGAAGGAGUUAUUCAAAGUUCGACCCCCUUGGGUGAGUGGAACAUGCUGCUCUAGAUUGUUAAAAUCCAAACGCCAGCCACGUCUCUCCCAGGCUCUGAGGGAUCGAGUGGGAUUACAUGAAGCUUUGGAGAAACAGCUUGUUUUGGCAUCCUUAGAAGCUUUGCCCAAGCGAAGCAAUAUUUCUGGAAGCCAUUCCUACCCUUUAUUAUUGAAGAAAACUUGGCAUGGAGUCCAUAAAAAUGGUAACAGUUCCUCAUAUGCUUCCCAGCCCCACUUCUUAUUAAUAUCAUCUCGGAUUCCUGCAUGCGAGAUGGUGGUGGACAGCAUUAAGGCAGGUAUCAUUUCUGUGGUGUACGAACAUAGCGGCUUAACCUUGGAGAGCCUGCUUUAUCUCAUAGAAAAAGCUCUGGACGGGCAGAAGGUACAGAGUAUGGGGAUAUUUAGUGAUGGAGACAGCAGAGAAAUCAAUUUACUCCAAGGUUAUAAAAUUGGUAUUAAAAAUUUGUUGAAGCCUGAAGUGAGAGACUUCUGGGAGAAACUAGGAGGCUAUGUGGCCUCUGAAGAAGAAGGGGGUCACGUGGACCUCUUUGUACCACUUGGAGCAUCAGAGGCAGGAAUGGAAUUUCUUUCCCAGUUGUCUCGACUAACUGGCACGUUCUUUACUGCCCCUACUGGAAUUGCAACUGGCUCUUACCAACACAUUCUUAGUGAUUGGCUGGGAAGACCGUGGGAAAGCGCUCCCUGUUCCAUCUACUUCAGUGAAUCAAAGCUGCAGAUGUGGUCCAGUUUCACGGAUAUUCUGGAAGACACCUUGAAAUCAGUAAGGAAACAGUUAAGUCCUCUCUUCAAGGAGUUGCGAAAGAACAUCAGUGCCAGGAUAAUAGGGCAACUUACUUUUGACAACAUGAGUAUGGCUAACAUUCUGAAUAACCAAGAAAUGGCACAAGCUCUGGCAGAUGGAUUGAUGGAACUUACAAAAGAUAAUUCUGACAAACCUCUGGAGUUUCUGUCAGAUUUUCUGCUGAAGAAAUGUGGUAAAGGGAGCAAGGAUUUUGAAGAAAACAUUCCGACAAAACGUGAUGCAAAGGCCGCAUUCAGUUUACCCCCUCAGGAAAGAAAUGUUCUAGAAGAUAACCCUCGGGACACAAAAUCAAGUCUCAGCAAAAACGAUCCAAAUUUGGAGAUGCUGGUUAAGCUGGAGAGAAAGCUCCAGAUGGACUCAGCUGAAAAGCGAUCGAGAGUUGUCGGGGAACUCUUAGAGAGCGAGAGAAAAUACGUACAGAUGCUGGAAAUUGUGAGAGAUGUCUACGUAACGCCCCUGAAAGCAGCGUUGUCAUCAAACAGAGCGAUUCUCAGUGCUGCAAACAUCCACAUCAUUUUCUCUGAUAUUUUGCAGAUUUUAAGUCUCAACAGGCAGUUUCUAGACAACCUGAGAGACAGACUGCGGGAAUGGGGCCCAGGCCACUGCGUGGGAGAAGUAUUCCUCAAGUUUGGAAGCCGGUUGAACACAUACACCAAUUUCUUCAACAAUUACCCGGUUGUUCUGAGAACUAUGGAGAAGUGCAGAGAAAUGAUACCAGCAUUCCGAGCUUUCCUGAAGAGACAUGAUAAGACCAUUGUGACCAAAAUGCUGAGCCUUCCGGAGCUGCUUUUGUACCCAUCACGAAGAUUUGAAGAAUAUGUUAAUCUUCUCUAUGCUUUGCGGCUUCACACUCCCGCAGAACACGCUGACCGUGGGGACGUGACCACUGCAACUGACCAACUCAAAAAAUAUAAAAGUUAUAUAGAUCAGAUGAAGCAAAACAUCAGUAUGAAAGACCAGCUGUCAGAAAUACAGAGAAUAGUCUGGGGAUGCCCGACUCUAUCAGAAGAAAACAGAUAUCUGAUUAGGGUCCAAGAUGUAGCCCAACUUAACUGCUGUGAUGAGGCAGUAAGUUUCUCUUUAAGAAACACCAGUUCUCAUUGAUGUGACUUUCAGCCUGCUGGUUUUUAAAUUGGCUUUUGUUGUUGUUCCUCCUUUCCUCACUUGAUGCCGAGGCGACAAAAGGUGGAGCCCUCUAGGACUGGCGAACGGUGGCAUGGCCUUGAAUCACCAAAGGGAGACAUCCACUUCUCAGACCAAGUCCUCUUGAGGAAAAUCCCUAUUACACUGCCAAAAAAGCAAACUGUGAACUUUCUUUUUGCCUUACCCAAAGGGACCUACAGUCAGUUACCGGGGCAGCUAUGUACUGGGGACUUCCCAGGGAUACUGGACUCUGGCUCUGAAUUGACAGCCUGGCAAUUCAGAAAGUCACUGUACUCCUCAGGUCAGAGUGUGGAUGUUUAGGAGCUACAGUUUUGGCUCAGGACAGCUCAGAGAACCUAUGGCUCACUGUUGUCUGCUUAUGCCUAACAUUGUAAAAUUCCUUUCAAGGUUUUAUGUAUUUAUAGAAGUUGGGUACUUCAUCGUUUUGGCAGUCUGAUACAAUAAACAACAAUAAAACACUUCUAGAAUGAUGUUAGGAAUUUAAACUAUAAUAGACCUAUUACAUUUUGCUGAGUCAUUUGACCUAUUUCUGAACAAGAAAAGAAAUCCUAUCCAACCAAAUUCAGGGAAAAAAACUCUACCCUUGGAGCUGGUUCUUUUGAAUGAGCAGAAGUAGCUUUCUGAAACCCUAUUAGGAUCCAUGGUUUCCACUUCAGUUGCUCUAUUAUGUCAAUAUGAGAGGUGAAAUUACUUACUUUUACGUAUGUAGAAGAAUUAUUAAGUUUUUUAAAAAUGGUUCUGGUGUUUCUUGUCUUUGGAUGAAAAUUGUUGGAGAUCUCGAGGGGACUGAUUGAUUGAUUGAUUAAAAGAUUUUUAUCCACUCAUUUUAGGGAGGGAGAGAGAGAGAGAGAGAGAAAGAGAGUGAGCAGUGGGAGGAACAGAGGGAGAGUGACAAGCGAACUCCACGCUGAGCCUGACGCAGGGCUGGAUACCACAACCCUGAGAUCAUGACCUGAGCCAAAAUCAGGAGUGGGACGUUUAAUUGACUGAGUCACCCAGGAGCCCCUGGAGGGGCUUAACUUAGUAAAUGGCUUUUGAAAACCAUUUUUCUAGAUAGAACUCGGAUUUAUUUUAGAUAGCAUUCUCAUAAUCAGAUCGAAAUAAUGAAAACCUAUGUGUGUUUUCAAGCCUCUUUCCCUGCUCAUGUCCUCUGAUUACAAGUGGCCUCAACUUCGAGUUAAUCUCCCCUUCCCUGGGCCAAACACCCACUCGCUCUGCGUGGGUCACAAAACUGGGAUUCUUUGAUUUACCUCUACUCUGUGUUACACCUUCCAAAAGAAAAAAAAAUGAUUAUUUACCUUUCAAAGCCACUUCUUUAAAGCAAACUUGUGUGCACAUUCUCUGAUAAUUCAGAUAUAACAGCAAAAUUUUAUUAUAGCUUUGAACAUUUUUUUAAACUGGUAUGAUAGGAGAAAUAAUUAUUCUCAUAAGUAAUGUGGUAAAAUUGCCAAAAAAGGGCAAGAAUACGGAUGGGAGUGGCCAUUUACCACAUACAGACCAUUACACAUAGAUUGAAAUAUCUCCUUUCUUGCUUCCUCUCUCUCUCAUCCCUAGUUCUGUAUGCACCAUUAUUGUCAGAAUACCCUAUCAACUUGAUCUAGAAUAUUGUUUCUUGCAAGAUGUCAGUAUAUGUGAAGCAUCCCACUCCUUCCAGCCUAAAUCAUAACCACAUAGAGAUGGGAAGGAAAUGCACGAAAAAGGAAAAGGUGGCUGUAGGGGCUGGGUGACCACUGCCUUUCUAUUUAUUCACACACCUAACAGAGCUGGUACCUGCCUAACACGCUCCGAAUAGCUGAACCUGAAAUACAGUACUCCUCAAAAAUGUUUAAGUCCUGGAUCCAGUCCUUUGCCUAGCAUGACAUGGUUGUAACAGAUGAUUUAAAUGCCUCACUCCUCAAAAUGUGGUCUGCACAUCAGCAUCGUCAGGGAGCUAUUAGAGAUGCAGAAAACCUCAGGCUACUCUAGUUCUACUGCAUCAAAAUUUGCAUUUUAACAAAAAUCUCCAGGUAAUUUAGCGGGACAUUAGAGUUUGUACUAUGUACAAGUCAGAGCCAUUAUCAUACAUAAAGUGGACUCUAAAUGGUAAUUAUAGCAGGUUUUAUGGACAGUCUUCUGAAGGUUUUUGAUAAAAAUACAUAAAACCUUUGACGAAUCAAUCCUACCCCCCCAGAAGCCUAUCUGAUAGAAAUAACAACACGUGUAAGGGAUUUGAUUAUAAAUAAAGAUCAGUUUAUUCGAAUAUUGCCCAUAGUGGCCAUAAAGAGCUAAUUAAAGGAAGGAGAGAGAAAGGGAGAAGGGGAGGAAAGAGACCCAAGCCUGUAAACAAAACCAGUGGGCAUCAAAAGGGGAAGAGUUGAAUAAAUGAUGAUCUACACACACCGUAAAGUAUUAUUUGGCCACUAAAAAAAGAGAAAAUUAAAGCAGCACCUGGGUGGCUCAGUUAAGCAUCUGACUCGUGAUUUCAGCUCAGGUCACGAUCUCAGGGUCCUGGGAUCAAGCCCUGCAUCAAACUCCAUGCUCAGUGUAGGGUCUGCUGGAAAUUCUCUCUCUCUGUCCCUCCCAUCACGUUCUCUCUUUCAAAAUAAAAGAAUCUUAAAAAAUAAAUAAACAAAUAAAGCCAUGCCAGUUAACUUGAAGUGAUUUCCAUUGCUAAGCGAGAAAAGCAGAAAAAAAGUGUGGAUGUUACCAUUUUUGUAAAAUAAUGGCAACCUACCUGUAAAUAGAUGUGUAUACAUGUACAUAUGUGUGUGAUUACCUGAGCAAGUAAGAAAACAAAGACAGGUACUAGUUUGGUAACUUGGGUGGCCUGGGUGCAGGAAGGAGGGAGCCAAGCAAAAAGAAAAAGUGAAACAAAAAUGGACACUUAAUAAAGCCAGUGGUAUGGAUUGAUGCCACUUUAGCAUUUAUGUAAAAGUUUAUGUAGAUUUAAAUUGACAAUUUAAAAAAUAAACAAAGCUAGUGAAGAUAAAAAAUGAGACUUCCUCUGUUCAUCAAGCUAGUAAAUGGACUCCCUUCCUUAGAGUAACUGAGGGUUGUUUGAUGCUUCUAGAGAAAAAAUGUUUGGUUACCCUCCAACCAAACACUGAGCUAUCUUCACUUAGCCACUCCUGGAGUGGGGGGAGAGGGGCUGAGGACACUGCGGUGGGUGGGGGGAGGGCUCCCCUAGCUCCUCCCCAACAUGUUGCUUGACUCCCCGGUGAGUACUCACACAAGCAAACCCAUACUAGAGUACAUUGGCGCCUACCAAGCUGGAGACCCGGCUCCAGCAACACAGCAGCCUAGAGUGUAAUAGAUGGAGGUUGAGGGCACGACAUUUUGCCUGCUGAUAAACAUGCCUCAGUUGACCAUCAUAGCAAUCUCAGUGAAAAUGAAGAGUUACUUCUCACCUUUCAUACUGAUGAAGUGUAUUAUCUAUUGAUUUCCCUCCAACCAAAAUUAGAAAAAUUCUAAUUUCCUACCUAGUUCCUUUAACCUUCAGUUAAAUGCUUUUCUUUUCCCUGCUUUGUACUUAAGAUACCUUGGGCCAUAUUGGUUCUUGUACUUUUCUCUACCCCAACCUGUUACACUUGAAGAUGAAACCAAACCAAACCAAACUUACUUUCCCCAGAUUGCCCAAAUACAUCAGAUACAAAAUACAUUUGACAGAAGUUUAACACAGCUCUAGCAUAAUUCAUGUUGUAAAGGAGGAAAAGUUCAAUGUCUCUUUCCCCCACAUCCCCACAUUGAAUGUUUGUCCAGUGGCUAAGUUCAAACCAUUCCACCAGGAACCUUGAGACCCACCCACAGCAGUGGUCUGAGAGACAGAAGGGAGUAUUCACACCAGGAGAAAAACUACUGAGAACUCCAAUGAGCCAUUCCAACCUGUCUGUAGUGGGCAAAAGCCUCAACUAUUGGCUUA